UCACACCGUUUUUACGUAAUUGUUUGAUUACAUUAACAUUCUACUUUUGGUGACUACGCCGCUUCGUUCACCUGUUGAGCAAUUUCCUAGAAACGGAAUAUUUCAUAUAAAAACGUCCAUUACGACCAAAUGGAUAGCUCGCCGCAGCUGAAAAUUCGUUGGAAUAAUUUUCCAGUCACAGUUUCAUCAUCUCUUGAAGCUCUUCGAAACAAUGGUGAUCUUGUAGACACCAGUUUAUUCUGCGAGGGUCACAGAUUUUUGGCCCACAGAGUUGUUUUGUCAGCCACCAGCAAUUAUUUCAGGCAGAUAUUCAAGGAGAUAUCUUCACCCAAUGUAGCCAUUGUUCUUAGUGGUUUAAACUACCAAGAUAUUGAUGCAUUAUUGACAUUCAUCUAUUCAGGGGAGGUUUCCCUUUGUGAUGCUCAGCUACCCUCCUUUCUCAAGACUGCAGAAACCUUACAGGUUAAAGGGCUAGGACCAGAAUGCACAUCAUCAUUGAGCAGAAAAACAGAUAGCAAUAAAAAUGACACCAGCCUGCAAGAAACCCAAUUUCUAGCAGCAGCUCUACAGAAACCCCUCUCCAGCAAAAGGGUUACUCCACCCCCUCUUCUCUCUGUGUAUCCUUCGACUCCCUCAAUCACGCCAGUUACCACGACCGUUACCACAUCCGCCUCUUUACCCAGCCUCGAUUUGAGCCUGGCUAUUUCGAAUUUCGCCAGCAACGCCUCCAGUAGCAGCAGCAAUCCAUCGGAUGUAGGCCUCAAGAAACGAAAAAUGGUGGAACUUCCGGAAGGUUGUUUCAAAACGGAAAUGCCGGAAGAAAGAAAAACGGAGCAUUUGGUCAUGACCGACAUGACUCCGCCGAAUUCCAUAGCCAACGAAGAACUUGAGAGAACCGAGUCGACCCAUUCCCGCCAAGAACCUGUUCAAGAACGAGUUCCUCCACCCCGAGCGGAUCCCACACCUAGACCGUAUCAAUCCCAGUGUCGAGGUGAACGCCCCCGAAAUGCCCGAGUACCUUUUUGCCCGCACUGUGGCGAGGAUUGUCACAAUAUUUCCGUCCUCCGGUACCACGUCAAAACGACUCAUUCUGAACCGAACGGCUGCCUUUGUUGCUGUUUCUGCACUGCCAUUUUCAACCUCCAUUCAUCCGCCGAGUACAAGCAACACACGCUGGACAUUCACGGCGUCAAGUACACCUGAUCAUGCACAAUGGACAACUAAAUGUCACUGGCGGCCCUUUUAUAUUUCUCGAAACCAGAAAACAAAUAUCAACAAAGUUAAAAAAGAAAGAAGCAGAAGAAAAGAAAUUAUUAUUAUGUUUUGUUUAGUUUUUUAAAAUGUUAUUCUAUCUCAGUGAUAUACUCCUAUAGCUACUACGUAACUAGAUCAUACCAUAUUAACAGCUACUUAUACAUAUACACAUCAUACGGAUCUAAAAUAGUGAUUAAUACCUUAGUACCUGUAUCCAUUAAACUGUAUAUUUUUAACUCAAUCGGGAUCGUGGCUUACAUUUUUCUUUGGUCUGUCAAUACAUACAUAUUGAUUUAG